GUCUUCUGUUAGAUCUGACGGUCGGCUAAAACAUAUAUAGUGCAUCAUGAAGACGGUUUUCAUGGUUGCCGAAAAACCGUCUUUGGCCCAGUCCAUCGCGAAGAUUUUAUCUGGAGGACAGAUGAGUACCAGAAAGGGAUUUAAUGGAGCUUGUUCAAUUCACGAAUACAAGGGAAGAUUCCCCCCGACAGGGGAGACGGUUUCAUAUAAAGUGACAUCGGUGUGUGGACAUGUGUUUGGUCUGGACUUUAUUGGAAAAUACAACAGCUGGGAUAGAGUCGACCCUGUAGAAUUGUUUACUGCACCAACCACAAAGAAAGAGGCAACAGAAAAGUUGCGCAUGCCAAGUUUCUUAGAAAAAGAGGCUAGAGGCUCAGAUUACUUGGUCUUAUGGCUUGACUGCGAUAAAGAGGGGGAAAACAUUUGUUUUGAAGUGAUUGACUGUGUUAAAGCAAGCAUGAAUCGAGUUUCAGGACAGUCGGUGUACAGAGCAAAAUUUAGCGCGAUCACAGACAAGGAUAUUAAAAGUGCCAUGUCUAGCCUGAUCACUCCAAACAAGAAUGAGGCAUUGUCAGUGGAUGCCAGACAAGAGUUAGACCUCAGAAUUGGAUGUGCUUUCACUCGCUUUCAGACAAAGUAUUUCCAGGGAAAGUAUGGGGACUUGGACAGUACCCUGAUAUCCUAUGGUCCCUGUCAGACUCCCACCCUUGGGUUCUGUGUGGACAGACAUGAUAAAAUACAAUCCUUUAAACCAGAACCUUACUGGGUCAUUCAAGUGAAGUUGACAUUACCAGAGGGGAGAACAGUGGACAUUGACUGGGAGAGAGUGAGGGUGUUUGAUAAGGAGGUGGCACAGAUGUUUGUUAACAUGAUCAAAUCAUCAGACUCAGCCAGGGUUCUAAAAGUGACUCAGGAUGUUAAGUCAAAAUCGAGACCUCAGGCUUUGAACACUGUGGAAAUGUUGAGGGCAGCAAGUUCAGGUCUUGGUAUGGGGCCCCAGUAUGCUAUGCAGAUUGCAGAGAAAUUAUAUGUACAAGGCUACAUCAGUUACCCCAGAACAGAGACAACACAGUACCCAGAGAACUUUGAUCUAGUUGGCACACUAAGGCAGCAGUCAUCAAGCUCGGUAUGGGGAGACUAUGUACAGACAUUACUGAGGGAGGGAAUACAAAAACCAAAGAAGGGUUCUGAUGCUGGAGAUCACCCUCCUAUAACUCCAAUGAAACCAGCUACAGAGGCAGAGUUAGGCCAUGAUGCCUGGAGAUUGUAUGACUUCAUCACAAGAUACUUUAUAGCUACUAUAUCCCCAGACUGUAAAUACUUACAAACUACAGCGUACUUUGAGAUCGGGGCCGAGAAGUUCAGCUGUACAGGUUAUAGGGUCACUGACCCAGGGUUCACAGCCAUUAUGACCUGGAAAUCACUGGAGGAUGAGUGGUUAAUGCCGGAGUUCAAAAAGAACACUGACUAUGACAUAGCAGAGGUGAAGAUGGUGGAGAAACACACGAAUCCUCCUGAUUAUCUGACGGAGGCCGAGCUGAUUUCUCUAAUGGAGAAACAUGGCAUUGGAACAGACGCCAGUAUCCCUGUCCACAUCAACAACAUCAGCGAGAGGAACUAUGUCACUGUCACUAGUGGGAGGAGACUACAGCCCACCACUCUGGGCAUUGUCUUAGUGCAUGGGUACCAAAAGAUUGAUGUUGAGCUAGUAUUACCCACCAUGAGAUCUGCAGUGGAAAAACAACUGAAUCUGAUUGCUUUAGGAAAAGCCUAUUAUGAAGAUGUCCUAAAGCAUGCCUUGAACAUUUUCUGCCUUAAAUUUAAAUUCUUUGUGGAGAACAUCAGUGGGAUGGAUGAAUUGUUUGAAGUUAGCUUCUCUCCACUUGCAGCGACUGGAAAACCACUCUCUAGAUGUGGAAAAUGCAGGCGUUUCAUGAAAUAUGUACAAGCCAAACCAAGUAGACUUCACUGCUCCAAUUGUGAUGAGACCUUCUCAUUGCCUCAGAAUGGUAGUAUCAAGUUAUACAAAGAACUCAAAUGCCCACUUGAUGACUUUGAAUUAGUUUUGUGGACAACUGGAGCCAAAGGCAAGAGUUUCCCCCUAUGUCCCUAUUGCUACAACAAUCCUCCGUUCCCUGACAUGCGUAAACAGUUCGGUUGUAACCAGUGUACCCACCCCACGUGUCAACAUGCCCUGGCCCAGCACGGGGUCUGUGAGUGUGUAGAAUGUGAGACAGGCAUACUGGUACUGGAUCCCACCUCGGGACCAAAAUGGAGGAUGGCGUGCAAUAAGUGUCAGGUGGUAAUAAACAUAUUUGAGAAUGCCCACAAAGUGAGUGUUUCUGAGGAGAUCUGUGAUGAUUGCGGGGCUCACAUUGUAGAUGUGGAUUUCAAUAAGGACAAGACACCACUGCCUAGUAAAGAGACGAAACAUUCAGGUUGUGUAUUUUGUGACUCUAUAUUGAAAAACCUGGUGGAGAAACAUCAUGCUAUCAUGCGUCGCAGAAGACCAGGGGGUGGGCGGGGCAGAGGUAGAGGGGGAAGGGGGAGGGGACGAGGAAGAGGCAGACCUAAGCCCAAGGACAAAAUGGCCCAGUUGGCUGCAUAUUUUGUGUAAUGGUCAAAAUAACAGAACUGAACAAUGACUGAAAUACAUGUAUUAGUGUUAUUAUGGUGCAUAGAAUAAAAUCUUUUCAUUUCA